AUCCGGGAUAUUAUCCGUACGCCUCGUGUGCUGCCCCAAUUUUCGAACAUUGCGGUUUGUUUAUCUUUACGUCCGAAUCUUAAUCAAAAGUCCAUAAAAAGUAUUUUGUUAUUGAAAUCAAAUAUAAUUGUCGAGAUCGUGAUUAAAUUCGUCUGUGUCUAUAUUCGUUCGCGUGGUUUGGUUCGGAAGUUUAUAUUUAUAUAUAGUAUAUAAGAUAAAAUUAAUUAUAUAUAUAUAUAAUAUAGACACAUAGUAUAUAAUAUCAUACGUCUUAUGUACAAUUAAUAAUUUUAAAAGUGUACAUGAUGUACGACAAAUCACAUAUAGUGCUACUCGAGGAUUAAUACAGUUCCAGAUACGUGAUACAGGUGUAUCCAAAAUCAGCAUGCAUAUUUCAUAUGCGGCAAUUCUGUUUUUGAUGUUGACUUUGUGUUUUAUCGACGAUGCUUCUUCUAAUGUUUCAAUGGAGUCGAGCUCGUCGCUGCAAAAUAUACAGCCAAUGUCACAAAAAGAAACGCCUAUGCAAAGACCACUGUUCGACGAUAUUUCACCUCAUAAUGUAACAGCAGUUGUUGGACAAACUGCCAUUCUCCACUGCAGAGUCAAACAUGUAUCCGACAGAACGGUUUCUUGGAUGCGAAAACGUGACUUGCACAUAUUGACGUCCAGCAUCCACACGUAUACCGGUGACGGACGUUUCAGCGUCGUACAUCCUGAAAACAGCGAACAGUGGGAUUUGAAGGUGGAGUUUGUGCAAAAAAGAGAUGCUGGCAUAUACGAGUGUCAGGUGAACACCGAGCCUAAGAUCAACUUGGCUGUGCAACUGAACGUCGAAGGUACGGCCCAAGCCAAUAUCCACGGGCCUCCAGAGGUGUUCGUGAAGAAGGGCAGUACCAUCAGCCUCACGUGUUCGGUGAACGUGCACUCGACGCCGCCCAGCUCGGUGGUGUGGCUGCAUGGCACCAAAGUAGUGGACUUUGACUCACCCCGAGGCCGUGGUGGGAUCAGCCUGGAAACGGAGAAAACCGAGUCGGGCACUACCAGUAGGUUGCUGGUCACCAAGGCUGGGCUAUCCGACACCGGAAACUACACGUGCCAGCCGAGCAACGCCAACACGGCCACGGUGUUUGUCCACGUGCUCAACGGUGAACACCCUGCCGCUAUGCAACAUGGUGAACACGGUGCAGGUUCUAAACUAGCAGCAUGGUCUUGGACCUUAACCAUGGCUGCUUUUGCUCUGUCUUAUAGAUGAUGUUAAACAAAUCAUUAUAAUGUUGCUCAUACUCUCGCGAGAUAAACAGAGCAGUCAAUUUUCUAUGGAAAAAUCUUAUAAUAAUAUGUUAAAUAUUAUUUUUUUUUUUUAUUAAAAUUAUUGUUUAUAAUUUAAUUUGUUUCUGUUUUAAAUUUAAAUCUUAGCAUGAUUUUUUUACAAUUUUACAAUUUAUGGCAUUAAAUACUUUGACCAUAGUAUUGUAAAGGAAUCAUCAGACACUAAAUAAUUAUAGUGACUGACUAAUUAUACUCAUGUUAUGUGGAAUAUUCAUCCAAUAUAUAUUUAUAAUUUGUAACAUUCAAAAAGUUCAAAAAUAAUCAAUCACACAAUUUGUUGCUAACAGAAUCAUCCCAUUGGCUUUAAAAUAAACAACCCUAAAUAUUAUCAGGUUACAUAUUUACGUAAAUAUAAAAUAAUAUUAUGAUAUAGAUUAUACUAUUAAAGAGUGAACCUACUUUUUUUUUUUAAAUAUAAAUUUCCAAAUGCCAUGCCAAUUUGUAAUGCCAAUUUCGUUUUUAACUGUUCAACGUCAAUUCGAACCACAUAGUUUGCAGACUUGCAGUCAAUUUUUAUUAGUUUUUGACACUCAAUAUAAUUUUAAAUAUUUUAAAAUUUGAUUUUUUAUGUCAAGGUAUGUAUGAUAUUUGUACAAGGAGGAACUUAAAUAUUAAAACACUUAAAACCAGUUAUGACUGGAAACUAAUCUUAUCAUACUUUCACCUUUUAUUUUUUUUCGUCUUAAUACAUAAUAAUAUAUACAAAUAGUAGGUAACACGUUGUAGUAGGUGCCUAAGGUUUUUUCUUUUUCAAAUUUUCUAAUUAUUGUUGUUUAUUAUUUUACUUGUUUCAUUUGAUUGAAUUAUAAAGCUUUCGGCAACAUGUAGUUUAGUUUAUUUUAUUUUAUUUCAUUUUUUAUCAUAAUAAUUUGGCAAUUGGUGUUCACAAACACCACACAAAUACUUUUUAUCAGGUAGUAAAUAUGAUUCUGUAAAGAUUUUUUUAUUUUGACAAACAUUUCAGAAAUAAUAAACAUAUAUUAUAUAACAAACUGUACCACC